GUGGUUCUUCCAUUUGACUAUGCGUCAACCAAAUCAAGAGAAACGUUUGACGUCUCAAGUCGAGGAGGAUGCACAUGGCAGACUUUGUUUUCGCAACCCACUACAGUAACGGAUUCGAUGUGCGCUGCGAUCGCUGUCUACCCGCCUCAGACAGGGAGGUUGUGUCCCCACCGCCACAAGCAAGCAGAGAUCUAA